AUGCCGUUUAAACUUCUGCAUUUUCCAUAUCUGGUUCAAGAGAAAAUCUAUAAAGAGAUGACUUAUUCGGAACUAUUUCUGAUGUCCGUGCUCUCUACAAGAACCAAAAAAUCAAUACAACGGGUUCGAUUCAACACUGACAAGCUACGGUAUAUCUUUGCUGCCAAUGGGAAAAGUCUUCAAGUAUCGAGAAACCAUAAUUGUGACCGUAUUACCAGUAUGAAGGAAUUUCCACAUUUGAAAAAGAGAGACACUUGCUUAGUAAAGUUUGGUGACUUGGAAGUGAGGACUAAAUUCCGCUUAUACGAAUCGGAAGGAGUUACUUGCAACCAAAUGAAGGUGAACUAUCUGGAUAAAGAGCACCAACGUGCCUUUCAAAAAUACAUAAAUUGUUUAUUCGGAUAUUCGAAAUCUAACGAAUUGCAUUUAAGCUUAGACGGAGAUCAAAUGUCAGUAAUUGAUAAUAUAUCUGACACUAUUGUCGAUGGGGAUACUGUAGAAAUGAGUGACCUGGAAGAAUAUUUCGAAAAGAAUCCGAAUCAAAAGAGUGUCUAUAUUCAAGCAAAGAUGAACGGAGAGCUUCUAAAAAAUUCGAAAUUAUUCGGAAUCGAGAGCAUUCUUAUUGAUAAUUCGAAUGAGUUCUCUGCCUCAAUUCUUCAAAAUUUCACAGGACGUCAUCUUGUUUUUCUUGGAGGAGCAAUCUUCAAGACUACAGAUAUUAUUGAGUUUGUAAGAAAAUGGAUUAACAAUGAGGCCUAUCAAAAACUGGAGACAGUAUGGAUCAAAAUGGAAACAGAGAAAAGUGAUAUAGAUAUGUUUGGAGUACAAGAAAACUUACCAGUGAUUGAAUAUAAUCCAUUGACACGACCACCAAAGUAUAUUUAUAACCCCAAAAUCAUUGGUUACGGUCAUGGAGAAAUCAAUGUCGGCGGCUACUCUUAUUUUGAUGUUGUAAGAAAAGGAGACGGAAAGAAAGCGUCGUUUAUGAUUACACCAAUGCAGUUCAUUUUUCUGGUGUGGAAUUCGUAG